AGAGUGAGUCCGCCUCUCAGAGCAGCAGACCGGGCUCUGCCGGUGACAGUACCAAACACACACUAAGAGAGAGAAGCAGCCGCGGAUCAUCAGCAGACAGACAUGCAGAGCUGCUGUUGACUGGACGGGUUUGGGAAAAGGAGCGGAGCUUAACCACACAGAGACAAGAAGAGUCGUUUUUGUUUUUUUUUUUUGUUUUGUUGUUGUUGUCGACGUUUCUGAAAAGUUGUGCGUGCUCUUAAAAGGCGACCGGAUACACUCGAGACAUUUACUGGUGGAGAAAACACUGCUGUACAGGCUCGUUGUUUAAGGCCGACGCGCAAGGAACAAAAAUCUCUGAGAGGAGCGAGGUCCUGGGAUGAGAGGCCACUUCCCUGUCUCCCCCAGGCCUCCAGGAGGAGUACACUGGGCAACACACUGAGAGUGUGUGGUGUGUCUGACGCCGUCAGGCUGCCAUGGCUUUGGUUCAGGCACUACCUGUGACCGUGAGUGACCACACCAACCCAGGUCUCGACGUCCAGCAGUGCCGACCGCUAUCAUCCCACUCGCCCUCCGCUCCUUGCUCUCUCCCCUGCGGGCCCUGUAGCUCUGACACAGCCAUGGGUUCAGUCAGCAGCCUCAUAUCGGGUCGGACCUACCAGGAGAGACACUGCAAGGCUGCCAGCGAAUACACCACCAAGCCACGGCGCUCCACGCCAGCCACCAGCUGCUUCCGGCUCCAGGAUAAUACCCUCCGCAGUGGGAGCUCCCUUGAGCAGCUGCUGGUUAUCAGCAACCAAACGCAGCCUCAGGCCCAAGUUCUGCCUCCACCACUGCCCACCAAGAAGCAACCCCGGCCUGGAAAGUCGUCUGGAACAGCUGGGUGUGGAUCGGCUGCCGGGGCAGCAGGCGGCGCCGCUAAUGGGAACCUUGGGUAUGUGAGUGAUGAGCUGGUGGUCGGAGACUGGAACGACAACCUGGUGCUGACAGCUGCAAGUCCCUGCAGUGACUCGGAGGAGCAAAGGGACAACAGGACUCAGAACGGAAACAUCGGUGGGCCUCCUCCCAAACUGGUCCCAGUGUCCGGACAGUUAGAGAAGAACAUGGAGAAAGUGCUGAUCCGUCCUACGGCGUUCAAACCUGUUGUGCCCAAGAACCGCCACUCUGUGCAGUACCUGUCGCCACGGCCAGGGGGCGGUGGCCUGUCAGAGAGCCAGGCCAGCCUUAACCUCCUGCUGCCUCUUGGAGGAUCCAAUUGUGCUAACGGCACAAACGUUAACGGUGGAUGCAGCAGUUCUGGCUCUGAAGUGAAGCGCAACUCCUACAGCAGUGGUCGAAACGCCCGGAGCAGUCAGUCCUGCUCCAUGUCAGAUUCAGGGAGGAACUCCCUCUCCAGCCUCCCUACUCAUAGCAGCACGGGCUACAGUUUAGCCCCCAGUGAGGGCUCCAGCUCUGGGUCUGGUUCCGGGGGCCAGCUGGAGCCUGUGUCAGGCCUGGGUCGAUCCACCACCGGUGUAAGUGGGAGCCACGGUCACAGUAACUCAGACAGUGGCCGAUCCUCAUCCAGCAAGAGCACAGGCUCGGGGUCGAUAAGCGGGCGCGGGCAGCCCCUGUCGGACAGCGGGUCCUGUGGCCAUUCGCCGCCACCUGUGGAGGGCUACGAAACUGUGGUGAGGGAGCUGGAGGAGAAGCUGAGGGAACGAGACCUCGAGCUCCAGCAGCUCAGAGAAAAUCUGGAUGAGAACGAAGCUGCCAUCUGCCAGGUGUACGAAGAAAAGCAGCGUCGCUGUGAACGAGAGAUGGAGGAGCUGAGACAGAGCUGUGCCACGAAGAUGAAGCAGACUUCUCAGAAAGCUCAAAGAGCACAGCAAGUGCUACAGUUACAGGUAUUUCAACUACAGCAAGAGAAGAAGAAGCUGCAGGAGGACUUCGCCUCCCUGCUGCAGGACAGAGAGACACUGGAAAGGAGGUGUGCCACCAUCCAGAGGGAGCAGACUCAGCUGGGGCCACGUCUGGAAGAGACAAAGUGGGAGGUGUGUCAGAAGUCAGGAGAAAUCUCCCUCCUGAAGCAGCAGCUGAAGGAGCUCCAGUCAGAGCUCAGCCAGAAAGCAGGAGACAUUGUAGUCUUGAAGGCACAGCUGAGAGAAGCACGCUCUGAGCUGCAAGCGAGCCAGGUGCGAUCCCAGGAGGCCCAGACUGCCCUGCGCACGCGAUCUCUGGAGCUGGAAGUCUGCGAGAACGAACUUCAGAGGCGCAAAAGUGAAGCCGAGCUGCUUCGGGAGAAAAUGGGCCGCUUGGAAGAGGAGUCCUCUCGGCUCCGUGACACUCUUUCCAAUCACAGCGGAUCCUCUCUGAAUUCAACCAUGAAGGGGCAAUGCAUGAGCCUUGCCAUCCAGCAGGGGAGAGGUGUGGCAGUAAGGGGCGGCCCCAGCCCCUCCAUGUACCGCGAUGGAGAGGAGACUCACCUGGUCUGGGGGGGAGAGAGCGACGAAGCUAAGGCGCAGAGGCAGAAUGCAGAAACAUUGUUGGGACUUAGACAACAGGUGGAUAGGCUGAAGGCUGAGCUCAUGUACGAGAGGAGGACUAGUGAGGAGCAACUGUCACGGUUCGAGGAUGAGCGGAUGGUGUGGCAGGAGGAGAAGGAGAAGGUAAUCCGCUACCAGAAGCAGCUGCAGCAGAACUACAUCCUGAUGUACAGACGCAACCGCGAUUUGGAGCGAGUCAUGAGGGAGCUGAGUCUGGAGCUGGAGAACAGGGACAUGGAGGACUACGAGGUCCACAGUGGCAGCAAUGACAUCCACUUUGAGGAAAUCACUGCCACGGAAAUCUAAACACACACGCAACAAUAAUCACGUGCACACAAACACGAAAAAACAGAAACCAAACUUUGAACUGCGGGCCAAAUACUGCACUAUCUUCAAAAAUGGCUUUACCUGGACCACGGAGCAAGCACUCACUCGUCACUGUCAAAAGAGGAGAUCUCCCAAAGGUGCAAUGUUACUUCCUGUUAACAGAGAUGUACUCCAAUAAAUCCUUAAAAGAUGUCUCCCAUGGCAUCCUUAAUGGGACUUAUUCCACCACAAAGCCAGCACAAAGACUUCUCUUCUUUUGCAGAAGCAAAAGCAGCAAGAAAAAGUGUUUCCUUCUCAGACCACACUGAAAUCAGGGUAUUGAAAAUCGAUUGGAACUUAAUGCAAAAAAAAAUCUUUAUCACAUGCAGAGCAAUCUGGUAAAAUCACAGUCACAACUUUUUAUUGGUAGCACACAAGGUUAAACACCCAGCCACCAGCAAGACAGCAGACUAAUUGAUCAUCACCAACACUGGCUGUUAAUAUUGACCUCGACCCUCAUCCGGACUCUGUUCAUUGGCGACUCAAACAAACCACUGGAGCGCUCCUCCAUCUCCAAAUAUCACUAUUAACAUCUGCUGUUUUAUAGUUCAGAUUGUCGAGGCUUCAUUGCAGAGGUCUCAGCGGCGUGCAGAGGAAUGUAUUGUGAGAAGUCACUCCACAGACAUGCAGUAUAAAUGGCAACGAAAGAAUCUGCUCGCCGUGGGAAACAUGGAAUAAUUUUUGCACAACUUUUCGAUCUGUUUUUUGUCUUGGACACAGCAGUUUUCUUUUUUUUUUUAAAUCAUUAAUCUCACACAGACUCAUUUUGAUUCUUGGCUUGCCUACAUGUGGACAUCCUACUCUGCCGUUUCCCGGGCUGCGGAGGACACACACAGAAACCAAUCGCUCUAAAGGAAAUGCUUUAUUUGAACUCCGCUCAUGUUUUCCAGACCACCAACAGCCCCGCCAUUUCACUCGAUCAUUGUGUCAAAUCGCUCAGACAAUGUGGCGGGCUCUGACAUAAACAUUUAUAUUAUUUAGCACUAGGUAGCGGACUGUAGCAUGGCAGAUAUUACCAGGAGACUGCUGAUUCCCCCUCUUUCUGCUUUCUUUCUGCUUCUUACUCAACUAUUUUUAUAGCACCUCAGCGGUUGGUCAACUAAAAAUAGAACAUAUUUUCAGUAUUACAGUUUGUUUUGGAGAUUUAAGCCAGUGUUUGAACUGUAGGCAUGCUUGUUCAGAGUUUCCGUUUAUUCCCCCCACUCCCACUCUUUUUGUAGCUCUUGGCAAACCAAAGCCAAAUAACACUUUCAAAGUCUUCCUAGCCCCCCUCCCACCCCAUAUCCCCCCUCCCACAGAGACUUUAACCUUCACUGACUGCUUUACAGGUAGUGUGACUGGCAUGUCUGCAUGUCUGUGUUGAAUGAGAUUUCAGAAUGAGCUGGUUCAGGUAACGGUGAGAUGAGAAGAUGCAGUAGCUCCUGCACUGAGUGUCCUCUGGGGCAGGUCGAGGCACCAAAUAUAAACCAGUGAGGAGCAUGUCAACAUUUGAAGCCGUGGGGUUUUCUUAACGGCAUAUGCAGGGCUGUGUAUGACACUGAGCAUGGCGGUAAUGGGCUGCUGAGAACUUUUAUUUUGCAAAAGAGUCUAUAUCGAGGAAUAAUAGUCAAAUGGAAAUCUAUAUAAAGGAGGAGAUGUUGUAUAUUUUUCUAUAUAUAGCACCCGAAGAUAUUUUGUGGUAGUACUGGUAUAACUGUGAGUUAAUGUGUUAUCGCAUACCGAUAUAUUUCAAAUGAUGGAUCAAUUACAAAUGGAGGCAGCAGCUUAGAAGGAGUGCACCUAAUACUGUAAUGCAUGAAAAAUUUAAUGUUUACAUAUAAUCUGUGUGUGGAAAACGUUCUAAUGACCAAACUUUGCAGGUGAUGAAUACUGAAGGGAAGCGUUUUUUUAUUAUGUUUUUUUUAUUUUGGCCUCAGUUUCGACCUGUUGUCUCUCCAUUUCAAUUGAUCUUUCACUUGAUUGUCAGUAUCAUACUAUCACACCGAUUCAUGUCGUCAUCGUUGGGUUUUGCCUUUCAUUUAUAAAUGCAUGAGAUAUAUACCAAUUUGAGAGAUUUGUUGCAAGCCAAGAAAGUGUUACGUUUCCCAUACUUGGAAAACUCAGCCGAGCUGGAUGGAGCAAUAUUUUGUGUGACAGCACCACAUUAGCUGUGGUUUGUGAGAUAAUGAAAGUUUGAAAUGUGCAUCGACUGUUACAGUAAAGCCACGGGAAGGGACUUGAAGUGGAACACUCACUCUGCUAACCAGACAUAGACUGUUACUUACUCACCACAUAUUAACCACAAGCACAGGUCUUGCGAAACAAACCAACUCUCUCACCGAUGGUGUGCAUCUUGGACUUCCAUUACUCUUGUCAUAUCUCAGUUCUCUUCAUUGUUACAUAACCGUUUUCUUUGUAAAUAUGUAAAACACUAAAUAGUAUAACAGAGUGACAUUGUCUUUUAUUUAGACAAAAAAUAUCUAUUUCAAAUGUAGCCACUGUGACUAGACCAAAGCAACGUAGCACAUUUCUUGUUUUUUUUUUGUGGCAUUCUUUUUUUCAUCCUUUUUGUUUGUUUACGUUGUGUCUUCAUUAACUCAUGUUGUAUGUAGUUGUCCGUGUAUAUUUGUAUGUGUACAUUUCUUGUACAAAUUACUGUGUUUUUAAUUAAAGAACAAGUUGUCACACCUUAAA